CCGUCUGUCUGCCUGCCUGCGCUCGGGGGCUGGGGGUGGGGGGUCGUCCAGUGCCGGAGCGCCCCGCCCGAGAGCAUGAUCGUGGACAAGCUGCUGGACGACAGCCGCGGCGGAGAGGGGCUGCUGCUGCUGGACGGCGACGGCGGCCUGAUGAGCAGCCCGCUGCACCUGGCCUACUUCUACGGCGCGUCGCCCCCGGCCGCCGCCCCCGGCUCGGCCGCGGCUUCGGGGCCCUCGGCGCCCGGCUCGCCCGGCUCCGACUCCUCCGACUUCUCGUCCGCCUCGUCCGCCUCCUCGUCCGCCUCGUCCAGCGGCGCCGUCGAGUCCCGGCCGAGAGGGGGCGCUCGCGCCGAGCGGCUGCCAGUUGAGCCCCAUAUGGGGGUUGGAAAGCAGCAGAGAGGACCCUUUCAAGGCGUUCGUGUGAAGAACUCGGUGAAGGAACUCCUGUUACACUUAAGAAGUCAUAAACAGAAAGCUUCUGGCCAAAUUGUGGAUGAUUUUAAGUCACAAGUUGUAAACAGAGAGCAGUUCACAGAAUUGAAGACCUCAGGAUCAUAUAGUGCUAAAAGGAAAGGACCUGAUUCUUCUGAUGGACCGGCUUGCAAGAGGCCAGCUUUGCUUCAUACCCAGUUUUUGACACCGCCUCAAACACCAACGCCUGGGGAGAGCAUGGAAGAUGUUCAUCACGCUGAAUCCAAGCCAGACAGCAGUGCUGAUCUGCUUCAGAACAUCAUCAACAUAAAGAAUGAAUGCAGCCCGGUGUCCCUGAAUACCGUCCAGGUGAACUGGACCAACCCCAUGGUGGUUCCUCAGAGCUCCCCUGGAGAGCACAGCCAGGAGUUCCCUGGAGGGCAGGCCAUCCCUCCACCACAGAAGUACCCGCCGUUUCACGCUGGCAGCUCCCCCUACAUGAUGAUGGAUCAGGCCCCCCUGUUCCAGUACUCACCACAAAACCAGAACGCGCAGCUGCCGCCGCAGCAUUCUCAGCACUAUGCCCACAGUCCCUCUCUGGAAUGUGGUACUUAUUCCAGAACCUCCCAGUCCCCUAGCUACGAACCAAAUCUCUUUGAUAGUCAAGAACCUCAGUUCUGCCCAAACCAAAGUUUCACCUCCCUUCUCAGUAGUCCUGGGGACUCUGAGGCCACUGCUGUUCCCACUCUGGCUCCCUCCUGUGCUCAGCAGCAAAGUGAUGCCCACUUGCAGAACUUCAACAUGAUGCUGCCCGGUGCCUGUGAGACUGUGGUGGGGCAAGACGCAGGCUCUGCCUCGUUAAACACUUCGCAGCCAUUCCAGAACUUUGCCGGAAAUUCCAUGAACACCGCACAGUUAGGAAAGUCAUUUUUCCAGUGGCAAGUUGAGCAGGAGGAAAGCAAAUUGGCAAAUAUCUCCCAGGACCAGUUUCUCUCAAAGGAUGCAGAUGGUGACACAUUCCUUCAUAUUGCUGUGGCCCAAGGAAGAAGGGCACUUUCCUAUGUCCUUGCCAGAAAGAUGAGUGUGCUACACAUGCUGGACAUCAAAGAGCACAAUGGGCAGAGUGCCUUUCAAGUGGCAGUGGCAGCCAAUCAACAUCUCAUUGUGCAGGAUCUGGUGAACCUUGGGGCCCAGGUGAACACCACUGACUGCUGGGGAAGAACCCCUCUGCAUGUUUGUGCUGAGAAGGGCCACUCCCAGGUGCUCCAGGCAAUUCAGAAGGGAGCCAUAAGGAGCAAUCAGUUUUUGGAUCUUGAGGCAACUAACUAUGAUGGCUUAACUCCAUUGCACUGUGCAGUUGUGGCUCACAAUGCGGUGGUACAUGAACUUCAGAGAAAUCAGCAGCCCCAUUCACCGGAAGUUCAGGAACUUUUACUGAAGAAUAAGAGUCUGGUUGACACCAUAAAGUGUCUGAUUCAAAUGGGAGCAGCGGUGGAAGCUAAGGAUCGUAAAAGUGGUCGCACAGCCCUGCAUCUGGCAGCCGAAGAAGCCAAUCUGGAACUCAUUCGCCUCUUUCUAGAGCUGCCCAGUUGUCUGUCAUUUGUGAAUACAAAGGCUUACAAUGGGAACACCGCCCUCCAUGUUGCUGCCAGCCUGCAGUACCGUGUGACGCAGUUGGAUGCUGUCCGUCUGUUGAUGAGGAAGGGAGCAGACCCAAGUACACGAAACUUGGAAAAUGAACAGCCAGUUCAUUUGGUUCCUGAUGGCCCUGUGGGAGAACAGAUCCGACGUAUCCUGAAGGGGAAGUCCAUUCAGCAGAGAGCUCCACCGUAUUAGCUCCACUGACCUGGAGCCGGGUUGGCAACACUCACUGUCAGUUAGGCAGUCCUAAUGUAUCUGUACAUAGACCAUUUGUCUUGUAUUGGCAAAUGUAAGUUGUUUCUAUGAAACAAACAUAUUUAGUUCACUAUUAUAUAGUGGGUUACAUUUUAAAAAAAAACAAGAAAAAUAACUAAUUCCUCUUGGCAGAUUUUACUAUUUCAUACCCAGGUAUCUGGGAUCUAGACAUUUGAAUUUAAUCUGAAUGGUAAAAUUGACUUCAAUUAAUAGUAGCUUUGAUAGUCAAUGCUUUAAUUUGUGGCAUUGGACACUGCUCAUGGAGCUGUUGCCAGAUUUCAGGCAGGUAAAUUGCAGACAUUUUUAAAAGAAAAAUGAAAUGCAAAAGAAAAAGCAUAAAUCUGGGUGUGAUAGUAUCGAAACUUCAUUUGGCCUGACGGAGGGCCUCUGCAGCUGUCAACUGUUGGAAAUCUAGUCAUUGCACUCCAUGAAAGGUGCCAUUGAUCUUUGCAAACUAUAUAUAUAUAUAUUUGUUAUUUUGUUUUUUCAAAUAUUUGUAUAUGUUUGGUGACAUUAACAUAUUUAGAAGGUGUAAAUCAGUAAAAGCAUACAAGAGCAAGAGAAUUGUCACUGUUUUAAGAAAUACAUAUUCGAGGAGCUGUUGUUACGGAAUCCCCCAACAUUAAUAUCUUUGUGGAUGAGCAGAUGCACAGUUGUUUUUAGUGGCUGACAGAACUGUUUGAAUUGUAAAUAUGCUUUUUCUCAUGCAUCGAUGUGAGACACAUUAUUUGUAGGUAAUUGCAUGUUCUUAAAGAGAACGCUUCCUGCGGAUCACUUUAUAGGAUUUAUAAUCUACUUGCUCUGUUAGAAUUUUUGUUUCACCUUAAUAGGAGCAACAGAAGUCAGUACUGAAACACGUCUUACCGUUUUCUUACGUCAAAUAGUGAUAACGCACCAUGACAUUUUAUAUUAGCUUUCAGGAAGAAAAAAAUGUUUUUACCUACCAUCUGUUUAUUAAUGAUUACUUUGCUUGCCUUUUGCAUGCCCCAAGAAUGUAUUUGAUUUUGAUUGCACACUAAUUUUUUUUGUUAUAAAUUAGAUUAUUUCAAAAUAUUUAAAAAGAUGAGGCCUCACAAGCAACUAAGCAAUGGCUUGUGGCUAAGGACUUAACUCUUUUAUGAAAAAGUUGUCUUUUAGAUCACAUUUUUUGACUCAGUAUGUCCUGUGAACAACAAUUGUUACUUGAUAUCUGUAAAUAAUGGUAGUGAGAAAAACUAGCCUAUCCACACUCAUGGUUUGUGCCUGGUUUUAAAUAAACUUUAAUUCAGAAGAAC